CGCGCUCUUCAGUAUUUGUUGAGCCGCUCCAGCUCCAGGUUCAGGUCUCCCCGAGAUUCCCCCCAUAAGCAUGUAUACAAAGCUGAUCGCAGAGAUUCAGGAGAGUGGUUUCGUUAAUACCGUGUGUUUGAUAUUCUCGUCCAUCGCCUUCGUGUUACAUACACCGUGUGUCAGGAAAAAACUGUAAAACCGCAGGACUGACGGCGUUGUUGCAGUUGAAGUGCUUUAAUUGAUACCUCGUAGCUUUAAGCUUCCCCCAUUUCGAAGAUUCAAAAAUGCUACAAAUUCCGGGAACUAAACCAAAAAUCAGCUACCGUCUCGACGGUCGCCUCCUCAGUCAGGGCAAUUGUGAUAUUAGUGAUAGAACGAUUAGUUUUAAGCCAAGCGAAUUCAGCAACACUAUGGACGGGUACGAGGAACCGGACACUCGCGUCACCUCCGACUACCACCUUCUCUCCGACGACGUCUGGAAAGAGUUCCAGAUCGAGGAGAUGCAACUCCACUCCAUCCCCGACGACGACGUCGUGGCGCACAUCCUGGGCCAGCGGCACUACCAGGUCAAGUACGACUGUAUGUGGAACGGCCACUCCAAGGGGGGCCCCGGGAUCAGGAGCAUCAAGAGCGAGUCGCCGACUCCGCCUGCCGAUCUCAAGCCGCCUGUCGUGCAGGCUCAGCAGAGUCUGUUAAAGCCUGACCUUAAGCUCAGCGUGGACCCCAACACCGUGGUGCCCAUGAUGCCCUACUACUCGCUGCAGACGCCGCCGAUCUCCGACGACGAAGACACCAAGCCGAUGACGCACAUCCUCGAGAGCCUGGAGACGGCGCUGAACGAGAACGAGCUGGAGAUCGACGACGGCGAUUUGAGCGACUACUUCAAGGAGGACGGCAAGGAAUGGGGGUUCUUUGACGAAGAAAUCGAAGAAGAGGAAGAAGAAGAAGAGAAAGAAGUGAAAGACGUGAAAGAAGUGAUAGACGUGAAGCCUACCAUCGACGAGCAACAAGAGAAUGAGAAGCGCGCGUUUUACGCGGCUACGGAUCACAGCUACCAUAAGGGCACCCAUCCGGGGAUGCUUCCUGGAAAUCUGGGGAUAGACACUCCUUCGGACUCCGAGGAGGAAAUCGACGUGGUGUCCGUCGGCGGCGGCGACAAGUUCUGCGCGAGCAAGUCCGCCGCCAACGCGCUUCCCACCAACCCGUCGACCAAGGACCGCCGCCACAUCCAGCGCACCAUGCAGAGCCGCUUCCCGCAGGGCCUCAAGACCAUAUUGCCCGUGAAGCGCGCCGCCCCCAACCCCAAGAAGGUGGACAACCGCGGCCGCGGCCGCCAGUACAAGCGCGUCAAGGGCAACCACAGACAGUACAAACGCAGGUACGGCUACAGCAGCGACAGCGAGCCCGAGCCGUCCGAGAAGCGCCACCUUCAUAACAACAUGGAGCGGCAGCGGCGCAUCGAUCUGCGCAACCUCUUCAACGACCUGAAGAAGCUGCUGCCCGACGUGAGCAAGAAGCCGCGGGCCGCCAAGGUGGCCAUACUGCGCGGGGCCUCCGCCUACUGCAAAGAUCUGACCUACACCGACCAGAUGCUGAAGAAGCGGAUAGAGCUGAUGCGACAGCAGCAAAUGCGCUUGCGCGCGGAAGUGUCGAAGCUGCGGCGGGACGUCGUCGCCAAGCGCUAACUAGGUUAGGUUUUAGGUUAUGUUUUAUUCGAAUCGGUUAUAGUACUGUGAUUGACUAGCGAGUUUGUUUUGUUGAUUUAGGGGUAGUGUGUUAUCAUUUUUUUUUUUUUUUUAAGUAGAGACGAGUUUAGUUGCAAUAAGGCAUGCGUUACGUUUUAAUAAAUUGUUGUGAUGAUGACUGUUUGUGAUAAAGCUCUUGAGAAUUCUUCUUUUUUUCGGUUUCUCUUUUGAACUCUUGCGUUUAUUUCAUCAAGUCGUCACGAGCAAUCACAUUUCGCUUCCAUCAUCAUGUUACCAUGUACAUAAGUUCUGCAUCAAGUUAGAGCUCGAGAAGUGUAUUUGUCUCGACAGCCGCUCCGAGGAGUAGUGCGACUUUAAUGUUUUAAGUCUUAUUUUAACACUUUAUGUAUGUUUGUAUCUUUUAUUUAUGUGCGGCUGGAGGCGGAGCCUACGUUGUUAGUUAAUCAAGUGCGCUUGCGCGGCUCCGCCCCCCGCCGCCGGAGCUAUUGGAUUCUAUUUAGGUUGUACAUAUGUUUAACGACGUUAUUAACUUUCCGCUUUUGUUUUUUGUAGUAGCGAGCGAGCUUCCUUUCCGCCGGUUUCGUAACAAAAACCCCCUCCGCAAGUGCCUUUUUUGUUACGGAACGGCGCACUUAUUCCGUUCGAUCGGGGAGCGAAGCGAGCACGUUUGGUUCACACUGUAUAUUAUGUGAUAAUAGAGCCUAGGGGUAUUUUUUAUUUUGUGUGGACUCCGCGUCCACGAGUGUGUAUUUUAUAGCGUUUUUUAUUCUAUAAUUUGUUACAGUUCUGGUAUAUUGUUGUAUAUAUAUUUUUAUCGUCUUCCUGAAGCGUCCGCUGUUAGUCGUAAGAUCAAGAGAAUUGUUGUGUUCAUGAUAUUUUACAGUAUUUUAUACUUUUGAUAAGCAAAAUCGAAACACAAAAAAAUAAUAAAAACAUAAAACACAAAAAAAUCGCUUUACUUCGUAGAGUAAAGUUCGUUGAAGAAUGUACCUGUGAUGCAAACCUCGCUGUUGACCAAAUACAUAGUUUACGAGUAGUGUCAGAGCACGAGUUUCUCUAAUAGCAAAUAUAUAGCAGGGCAAUUCUCUAACUUAUCGACCCGCUUUUGGUGAAGCAUCUAGAAUAAAGUAACACCUUAUUUUAAUUUUGUUGUUAUUUGUACUUAUACAAUAACUACUUGUAUGUAAUUAUGGUUGUAAUUAGUUUUUUAAUUUUCAUCGGUAGUCUUACGAUUGCUGUAAACUAGUUCCUUUAAGCUAGGAAUACACAUUUUGCUUUAGACAA